UAGAUCAGAGCAGUACGUAAUGUGUCUGUUAAUUAGUGAUAAGAUGUUUCGUAGAGGGCAGAGGGUAUAUUGUUUUUACAGCGCAGCAUUUGACAGUCGGAUUUAGGAGGACUCACAAUGACAGAAAACAACGGUGUCCAGCUCAAAAAUGCAACCCACACCAGAGGAAAUGGUGUGGUAAACGAGGCUUUUGAUAUAGAGGAGGACAACAUUAAUGACACUGGCAGCAACAAAUCGCAGAAAGUAAAAAAUAAAAAGGGGUUAGGCUCAUACUUAAGCCAAGUCUCCAAGCCGAUUAAUGCCACAGAGGAUUACUUCAAGGCUCACUCAAAAACCUUCAAAUACGUUCUGCUGGGCAUACUUGGAGCAGGUUAUGUGGCGUACUUCAUUGCAGCCUGUGUAUUGGAUUUCAAGAGGGCCACUGCUCUUGUCGUCCUAACCAGCUUGGCUGUUGUUGUUAAGUCAUACGAACUUUUGAAGGAGUACAAGGGUGAAAGCAUCAGUCGGUGUUUCAAACCUGCAGUUAGAUGGUUUAAAUCUAACUUGAAAUGGAUGAAAUGGAUUUUCAUCAUAGCUGUUGUGGUCCUGUUUGUGGUGUGGCUCAUUUUAGACACGAGCAAGCGUCCAGAGCAGCUUGUCUCAUUUGGAGGUGUGUGCAUGUUCAUCGUGCUUUUGUUCCUCUUAUCGGCACACAGGACAGCGGUAUCAUGGAGGGUUGUGUUUUGGGGUCUCGGGCUGCAGUUCUGCAUUGGCCUUUUUGUUAUAAGAACACAACCUGGAAUCAUGGCUUUUGAAUGGCUUGGAAGACAAGUGCAGACAUUCCUCGACUAUACCAAGGAAGGGUCAUCAUUUGUUUUUGGGAAUUUGAUCACAAACAUUUUUGCCUUCCAAGCCUUACCCAUUGUUGUGUUCUUCAGCAGUGUGAUGUCGAUCCUUUACUUUUUGGGGAUAAUGCAAUGGAUCAUUCUGAAGAUCUCAUGGGUUAUGCAGAUAACGAUGGGAACCUCUCCCACAGAGACCUUGAGUGUGGCAGGCAAUAUAUUUGUUGGGCAGACUGAGGCUCCGCUGCUGAUCCGCCCCUAUUUGAAAGACAUGACCAAAUCUGAGAUCCAUGCUGUUUUGACUGGAGGAUUUGCCACAAUUGCAGGCAGUGUCAUGGGGGCAUUCAUCUCAUUUGGGAUUGAUGCAUCUUCCUUGAUAUCAGCCUCUGUGAUGGCUGCCCCUUGUGCCUUGGCCAUCUCCAAACUGUCCUACCCAGAGACAGAGGAGAGUAUCUUCAAGUCUGACAAGAAUAUUAAAGUGGCUUGUGGAGACGAAAAAAACAUCCUGGAGGCUGCUAGCAGUGGAGCUUCUGCUUCAAUUGGUCUUGUUGCUAACAUUGCAGCAAAUUUGAUAGCCUUUCUUGCCAUCCUCGGGUUCAUAAAUCAAGCUUUGAGUUGGCUUGGAGGUAUGGUGGGAUAUCCCUCGGUCACAUUUCAGUUGAUUUGCUCUUAUGUGUUCAUGCCUGUGGCCUUUAUGAUGGGAGUACCAUAUGAUGAAAGUUUUACUGUGGCUGAACUAAUCGGCACAAAGCUCUUCCUCAAUGAGUUUGUGGCUUAUGAGAAAUUAUCUGAGCUGAAGAACAACAGACUCGCUGGACUUGAUGAAAUAAUAGGGGGCGAAAGGCAAUGGAUAUCUGUCAGAUCAGAAAUAAUCACCACCUAUGCUCUUUGUGGGUUUGCCAACUUCAGCUCACUGGGUAUUGUGAUUGGAGGCCUAUCCUCUAUAUGCCCACCAAGAAGAAGUGACAUCUCAUCUCUGGUGUUGAGAGCUAUGCUCACUGGGACUUGUGUGUCUCUCGUCAACGCAUGUAUUGCAGGGCUUCUCUUUGUUCCUCCAUUGGACUGCGUGAACCUGUUCAAGGUAUCUGCUUUCAAUGCCACAGAUGUAAACGUGCAAACCUGCUGUGAGGACCUCUUUAAAAGCACUGUAAACAAUGGGACCAUCUCAUUUGAAGGAGCGUGGAGUACAACAGCAAAUGUCACUUUGUUUUUCUCUAAAUGCUGUCAGUGUUGUGGUCUUUCUGCUGCGGACGUUUGUAAGUAGAAGAGAAAAAUGCACGUCAAUGUCUGGUUUUGUUUUCACUGUAGCUUUCUCUCCGUGUUUGUAUAUUUGUUUCCCCAUUUAUUGUAAACAUGUAACAAGGGUCUCCAACGCAUCGCUCGCGAGCUACCAGUAGCUCGCCAAAGGACCAAUGAAUCAUAUGUAAAUUU